CUAUGUUGCUUAAUUCGUCAAAAUAUCUCUUAAUGUGACUAUUCUUAAGAAUUGAAAAAAUUUCUGUUAAUACAUUCGGAUAAAUGUUCAAUGUUAAUGUAAUCAGAUAGUUAAUAGCAAUAUAAUAGUCUCGGUAUCAUGGUCAAGUUGACUUUAUUAGUAUCACUCUAAAAAUAACUAAACGUAUUUAAUGGAUCGUUUUAGAUCUUUACGAUGACAAGUGAUAAUUUCGACACGCGUAGUAACGUACGUAACGUUACAAAUUACAUGAUAGUCAUUAUGUAAUACCAAGUUCGCAUUAUACAUGCAUCGUGCUACUUCAGCGUGAGCAUAGACUGAUGCCGUCAUUCUCAAAGUUACUAUUGCGAGAGGCAGUCGCAAUUGAAAAUAGUCGUUCGACGGAAGCUCCUUGAUUCAUUCAGCGUCGUUCAAUCCUCUUCAAGAGCGAAGAUGAUCAUCAGUCUAUUGCUCUUGACCCUCGUAUUCCUGAUAGUUAUCUAUGUUUAUCUAACAAAAAAUUAUAAAUUCUGGCAAAAACGUGGAGUACCUUACGCGGAUGGCGCAUUGCCGGGCGUUGGUCACCUCUGGGACGUCGUUACCAUGAAGACCACUAUAUCCGAAUGCUAUCGCAAGAUUUAUAAUGAAAAUCAGGAUCACAGUAUGGUGGGAGUCUAUAGCUUCCAGACGCCCGUAUUGAUGGUUCGCGAGCCGGAGCUGGUGAAGACGGUGCUACAGACGAGUUUUGGAAGCUUUCACGAUAAUGCUAUCAAGAUCAAUCCCAAGUUGGACCCACUUUUUGCGAACAAUCCCUUCUGCAUGUACGGUGACAAGUGGAUGGCUGCAAGAAAACGCUUGACGUACGCGUUCUCCAGUAUGCGAUUGAAAAUCCUGUUCGAAAGUGUCAAGCAAGUGUGCGAGACGUUAGAGGAGUACGUGAAUAAAAAGCUGGGCAAAAGCGGAAAAGUAGAAUUCGAGCUAAAGGAGUUGUUCGCCAAAUUCACCGCGCAAGUGGUAAGUGGCAUUGGCUUUGGCGUGGACGGAUUGUGUUUCAACGACGAGAGAGCGAAAGAGUCGUUCUACGCGAUAGGCAAUUCCUUCCUCGAGCCAACCGCUUGGAACAACUUCAUUUCAUCGCUGGUAUUGUUUGUACCACCGUUAGCAGACGUCUUCAAAGUGAGGCUGCUACCAAAGAAGGCCGAUCGUUUUUUCAGAGAAAUAAUUGCGAAUGUUAUUGAGGAAAGGAGAAAGGAGAGUACACCUAGAAACGACUUCCUUCAGUUGAUGGUCGAUCUGGAACGAGCAGAGGGUGAAAAGCUUGACCUGGAAGUCCUCACGUCCCACGCGGUGUCUUUUUUCCUCGACGGCUACGAGACCUCCAGCACCACUUUAAGCUACGUCGCCUUCAACUUGGCCAAUAAGCCAGAAGUGCAGGAGAAAUUACGUGAGGAGGUGAUAUCUGUGCUUAACAAAUACAACGGUAAACUCACUUAUGAAGCUUUGAGGGAGAUGACGUACAUGGAUCAGGUAAUAAGUGAAUCGCAGAGGAUCUUACCCACGGUGGGACUCCUGAACAAGGUUUGCACGGAAGACACCGAAUUGCGAGGGUCCGAUGGACUGGUUUGUCGCGUGGAACGUGGAACGCCCAUUCUGAUACCUAUCUACGGCUUGCAGCACGAUCCUCGGUACUGGAAGGAUCCUAAAGUGUUCGAUCCAGACAGAUUUGGCCCGGAGAGAAAACAGAGCCUCGAGAGAUUUGCCUUUCUUCCUUUCGGCGAUGGACCGCGACAGUGCGUGGGAAUGAGAAUGGCUCUGUUGCAGAUGAAAGCAGGCUUGGUCACGUUCCUGAAGAAGUACACCAUAGAGCUGUCCCCGAAGAUGCAAUUACCAUUAAAGAUAACGGGUACCGCCUUCCUGACUGCUGUGGAGGGCGGUAUUUGGGGCAUUAUUCGGCCGAUUCAAGGAUGAGAUAUUUGCUCAGUUUUUUCAGCAGAUUUUUCUUUGCUUUGAUUAGUCUCUUUACAAUUAUAAUUUUGUAACUCUUGUUUAGCUUUUUCAGCAGAUUUUUCUUUGCUUUGAUUAGUUUCUUUACAAUUAUAAUUUUGUAACUGUUGUCUUAAUUUCUAUAAGAGUAAUUUUUUAAAUAAUAUUUUUUAUGGUUUCAAGUCAUACUUUAAGAUUUAAUAAAAAAGUAACAAAUAUUUAAAAAACAUUAAACUUAAUAUAAUAACGUAGAGAAUAUUUAAUUUGUUCACAGAAUCAUAAACAUUUUGGUUUCUUCUGUUAACUAAAGAAAUGAGAUCUAAUUUGUGCGGUGAACAUUAUUUUAUUUUACAUUAUACAGUCAGUAACGAAAAAACUUAAUUAAUGUGGUUUACGUUAUUUUCCACCGCAUGUCUAGAUGAGAUAUUGUUGUAGUAAAAAUAGUAACGUUUUGAAGCCAGAGAUUAUUGUACAGGCGUAACACUUAUUGCGCACAAUUCCGCGAUCAAGUUAUCAAUCAUGACUCAAUAGCUGCAUUCAGCAUUUGAAGUAGGCGUCGGAAUGGUCGUCUUCCUUUUCUAUCUCAGUUUCCUCUCUUGCUCGCUCUCUAUCUGUAACGCAAGAGUGAGCACACUCCGGCGCCUCUGAUUUUCAAUGUUAAACGCAGCUGAUGUUGCGAUAUUAAAACGGCUACAGUUAAAUUAUACAUAAUGCAAAUUUAAUAAAAAAGUGUUUUGCGCAGAAAUCAAUUACGUGCGCAUUAGAUAAGAAUGUAUAAUUUAGAGAGGAUACAUCAUUUAUAGUCAUAAUGCGCUACAGAAAUCAUCUAGUUUUAAAUAUAAUGCCUGCUCUGGAUACGAGUUUGUUACAUAAUAAGUCGUCAGUUAGAAUUAAAUCGUGCGAUGUAAUAACUGCAGUAAAUAACUAUUUACAUGAUUUUUCUAGUUUGCAAGAAGGUGGAUAAUAUUUCCAGGGAUAAUGGAAAAUGCGUUUUAUGUGUUACAUAAGAAAUUUAUUCAUGGAAUGUACUUACAUGUACUAUGUACAUACAUCGUAUAGCAGCGCCUUAGCAUAUAUCUCUCACGAGAAUAUAUAUUCUUAGCUGUACUAAAACUAAGGUCUCAUUACGUUAUUUUACAAUGAUAGAGUACAUUAACGCAUACGUACAUUAAAGUCUAUCAAAGAAGGCACUAUACGGUGAAACCAAAAUAUAAUCAAUCUCGCAGACGAUAAUUCUUAGACGGUUUACAAGUUGAAGUAAAAUUAAGAAUUCGAAAUACAAUUUCUUUUUUCAC